AUGUACCUAUUCCGCCAAUCUCAGCCGACAAGCCCCUCGACGGAAAAAGACGAGCAAUUGUCCGACUUUCGGCCUGUGCCUCGCGAUUCAGACCCCCGACGAAUAAUCAAGAAGCACCGAUACAAUCGCAAUCGAGUUACCUAUUGGAACUAUCUCCCGUACGAUACCAUACCCGCUGGCGUCGUGCCUCUCGAUAAAUUUCGCGUCGUGCCUCUACUCGAGCUACCUUUCAUCAACCUUGUUCUACAAGAGCUUCACAUCCUCGCCCAGGUUGAGCCCAUCACAAAGACUCAAUCGCCCAUAAUGUCUGCACGGCCAACAACUCCGGCAUCUCCUAAGAAUGUCAGGGUGAAGUCACCGGUCCCUGGGCUGCCUAUGUUUGGCUGCGAACACAUACAACUCCUCCUGAGCAAGAACCAGGAGGUCAUGAACAGUUCUAUUACACACUACAAGUUGAUUCUCCGCGGAAUCUUUGAUGCGACACCGAUCGUCCCUCAGACCUCGACGUUAGACGGCCGACCCGUCACAUCGCUCACCUCGAAUUACCUCUGCCUGCAAUGCCCGUCAACCGUCACCGAAGAAGAACGCUUGCGGCAUGGGACUAAGAAACAGCAUCGAUUCUAUGUCGACUCUAGAAGUGGAUGCCUUUAUUGUCAGAUAUGUGACGAUUAUAUUUGGGAUCCAACCCUCGAGGAGCUACGGGUGAGGAAGAUAGGAACGGGUUCUUUUUCAGGCCGAAAGAGGAAACACGACGAGUUGUUCACAGGUUCUUUCAAGGAUGAUCCGCGGUUUAUUUCUAACAAUACGAACACGGCUUCAUGCCGAGCUAACGGCCUACGCGGCAUCUACAAUGCCGGUGCCACCUGCUAUCAGAAUGUCGUUCUACAGAGCUUCUUGCAUAAUCCUUUGCUCAGGAAUUUCUAUCUCAGCGAUGGUCACCAGAGUAGCGACUGCCAGGUUCCUCAUUGUUUGAGCUGUGCGAUGGAUGACAUGUUCCAAGAUUUCUAUGCUUUAGAGACAACCAAUGGCUACACCGCUGCCAAUAUCUUGUCGGGGUUCUGGAUUUCGGAGAAAAAGGCAUUCGAGAAUCUUGUAACCACCAAGGAACAAGAUGCCCACGAGUUCUUCCAAUUCUUAGCUGAGGAGCUCCACGAACGAAACGGAGACGGCAAAAAGCCUGAGAUUGGUAGUGAGCAUAGUUGCAACUGUAUUAUGCAUCAGACAUUUUAUGGUAAGAUGCAAACAACAACGACAUGCCAGAACUGUUCUGGUCAAAGCAACUCUAUCCAAUCAUUCUUGGACCUGAGCUUGGGUCUCGAAAAUGUCGUUCAAAAGAAGAGUAAAAGGACAGGACAGAAGAAGCCUACUGUCUCCUUGCAGGAUUGCCUGGAUGAGGAAUACAUCAAGUACGACAAGUGCGAGUAUCGGUGCAACAACUGCAACGGGACCCAGCAAGCGAAACGACACACCAGCAUAAAGCGGUUGCCAAAUGUGCUGUCGAUACAACUUAAGCGUUUUGAAUACAGGCACGGCCGACACGACCGCGCUGCCUCCAAAGUUGAUAACGAAGUCAAGUUCCCGCUACAACUCAAUAUGAUGCCCUACACUAAUCGAGUUCGGAAUCACGACAGCCGAGAAAGCCUUGAGCUAGAGCGGUCUUGUACGUAUGACCUACUCAGCGUCGUGGUUCACGUCGGUGAGCUAGACACCGGCCACUACACAUCGUACUGUCGAGUCGGCGACCAGAUGAAAAAGUGGUUCAAGUUCAAUGAUCACAAAGUAGAGUUGGCAAGCUUAUCCGACGUUCUUGGGGCCCAGGCCUAUCUUCUCUUCUAUAUUAUUCGCUCACUAGCUUAA